AUGAUCUGCUCUUCAUCGACAUCUUCGAUCAGCACUCCGCCACCAAUGCUCCCGCCAGAAAUCCUCCUUGCUAUCGUCAACGAGCUGGUGAGCGACCGCCGAACACUCCUCGAUCUCCUUUUCGUAUCGCGCCAGUUCCACUCGCUCGCUCUACAACCUCUCUAUCACGAAAUCGCAUUCCGUAUGGACCGGCCGGACGAGAGUCUGAUAAAAAAACUGUGCUCCUUGGCUCGCAACGCCGAGCGCAAUCCCGGAAUGCGGUUCACGACAUCGUUCUCGUUCGUAUUGAAAGGGCAUCGCGCCGCCCCGCCGAACCUCUUCUAUGAGAUGGAAGAGGCCAUCAAGCGCAUCGUACCCGCCCUAUCCGCGGUACGCCGCAUAUGCCUAUCGAUGCACGCCUCCGUAAAUGCGCAGAUCCUGUGGCCGCUGCCCGUCGGUGCCCCACUCACGCAUCUCCGGGUCCACGAGUGCAGCUUGAAGUCCGAGUAUCUCCGCCGAUUCCUUAGUUCGCGGCCGGCGCUGCAGUCGCUCGAGAUAGACUGCUUUCCCUAUGGUACAUGGCGAAUGAACAUCGUCCCGUACAAGCUGCCACCCGGCUCAUUCCCCCCGCUGCGUUCGCUCUCCGUACCACUGCGAGAACUGGCGUACUUUGAGACGCCGCCCCCUUCGCUCAUAAAUCUUGAUCUUUCUGAACCCACUUACGCGCUUGAGAGGAACCCCGAAACACUGCGCCAACUGAUCAUGCCCUUCACCUCGAUUCGUGCACUCUCUUUUUCCAACGUCCUUCUGUUCAGCGUCUCAUUAUUGCCCCAGCUGCCCAACCUAGAAUACCUUCGGUUGGAUGAAACUUUCGUACGUUGUUGUCCACCCUGCCAUAUAUCUUACGCAUUUGGUAUCACUCAGGCGAAGCCCAUGAUUCAUGGCCUCCUUACGACCACCAGAUUGAAAUAUAUACGGUGCUUGGAAUCUGAGGACCUAGGACACGAUGUAUUCGGAGCUUCAGGAACACUAGUGGUCGCCGACAUCGCCUCCCGGCGGGAUCACACUUACCGCAUGUGCAGAGGGGUUGAUGAUUCGGUUCCCUUAAAUGAUCACUGGGACGAAUGGGAGGGAUGGUGGGAGCGCGCGCAGCGGGCGGUCACCAACGCCGAACGUUCGUCUCUUAGCAUGUCAAGGGUUUAG